GGAGGGGAAGUCUGGACCUUUGUAUGUGGUGGUGUCCAAGAAAUCCACCGACAUGGGGCUGGUGGUGGACUUGAUAGUGAUACUGGGGUUGUGAGUAUUGAGGGUGUGGCGGAACACCUCAAACUCCUCUACGGAGUGGGCCCAUACCCCCCAGAUAUCAUCGAGGUACCGUAAGUAAUGCAGGGGCUUGAUCGGGCACGCUGCGAGGGCGGAGGUCUCCCAUUCCGCCAUAAAAAUAUUGGCGUAUGCCGGGGCAAAUUUCUUCCCCAUGGCUGUCCCUUUAAUCUGGAGGAAGAACUUCCCAUUAAAUUCGAAGUCGUUCCUCCUUAAAUUUAUGUCGAGCAGCUGCAGGAGUUCUUUGUCCGGCCUGCUAAUGUCUCGAUAUUUGCCAAAUAUAUUUUUUACGGCUUGGAUGCCCUGUUCAAUGUCUAUGUUUGUGUAUAAACUGUCUAUAUCAAUUGUGAACAGAAUGGCCUCUUGGGGAAUGGUCAGAUUUUUAAUUUUUUCUAUAAAAUCAUAUGUGUCUUUCAAAUAACUAUUGUGUUUGAUGGAAAGUGGCGUUAAAUAAAAAUCAAUAAAUUCUGCCGUCCUGUAGGUUUCGCUCCCACAGUCGGAAACUAUGGGCCUGCCCGGGGGUAUGACAUGGGGCUGGCUCCAUUUGUGGGGUUCCUUGUGGAUUUUGGGGAGUAAAUAAAACCUACGAGGACGGGGAUCCGAUUCGCCCAGGAGGUAAGUAAACUGUUUAUGAUUGAUGAAUCUUUUAUUUAAUAAAUUUUUAAUGAUUUUUUCCACCAUAGGGAUUGUGUCAAGAUAAAUGGGUGCGGCCAACGGGGAGUAGUAGGUGGUGUCGUUCAGUUGUCUGGUGCCCUCCCAGACAUACUGAGACCUGUCAAAGAUGACCACAGCGCUUCCUUUGUCUGCCGGUUUGAUAACAAUGUUAUUGUUAUUUUUCAGACUCUGAAGGGCCUCAGUUUCGUCACGCGUGAGGUUGGGCGUAAUGGCGAGGGCGCAACCCGAUAGGAGCGAUGGAUGCUCGUCCGCUAGGACCAGUGUGUGGACCUCUGGAGGUAGCAGACCGGGUGAGGGCUCCCACUCGGACCGGGCGGUGAAAGGUCGCGGACCGAGGGACCCUUGCUUUUCAUAGAACACCGCGAGUUUGACACCCCUGUGGUAUUCUUGUAAGUCAAACUUCAUUUGGUGGUGCCACUCAGGACUAAGGUUGGUGGAUGGGACGAACGUGAGGCCUUUAUUGAGGAGGGAGCGCUGUGAGGAGGUAAGUGUGAAAUGUUUUGCCAAAUUUACAAUGUUUUUGUUUGUGUUUGUGGUGGUGUUGUUUGUGCUUGUGUCACCCCCCCGACAGGUCGGGUUUUUGGGGAUGCCAUGUUUAAAUGGUGAAGCCAGUGCUUCAGCAUGUUUUUGGCCGUUUCCUCGGUCCAGUGAAGGUUGUCCCUCCCCGUAGCAAACUUCUCACUGGUGAGUGCCGGAAUGAAAUUAUAGUUUUUUUGAAUAUAAGUAUUAAUUUUGUGGAGGUUAUCUUUAUGUUCCUGGGGCAGGGCUUCUGAGAAGUUAAUGAUGGGGAUGGAAAUGUCGGCGUUCGGGAACACCGUUUUGGCCACCUUUAGGGCCCUUUGGAUUUGUUUAAAGGUGGUGGCCUUCGGGUUUUGUUCCUUGUUAUUGAGGCCGAACGAUAACACCACCAUUUCCACUUCGACACUAAUCUUUGUUUUUUCUAGGAUGGCCUCUGCGUGGCGGAAGUUGGCACCUGGAUAGCUGUCCAUCUGAAGGUCCUGGAGACGGACAGGUGGAAGACGACUAAUAUUGGAGUCGCCAAUCACCAGGACCUUCUUAUCCACAGACAGGUGCCAAUCAACCAACUUGCGCGUUGUACUGAUGUGUCUAGUGGGGCCCCUGCGCGGACUGAUAGGUGUGGCUAAUUGUGUCGUGUCUGUAUCCUCUGUCGGCUGAGAGGCCGAAGCGACCGCUCUAGGCCCCUUCCGGAUUCCCGAAAAAAAUUGGGACCAGCUUGGACCCGCUUCGGGAACCGGCGUGCGUGGAGGAGGAGUGUCCACGAGGGGCACGUCCGGAAGAGGCGCGUCCGGGAGGGGCGCGUCCAGGAGGGAGGAAGUCGGCGAGGAUGGUCCCGGUAGGCCAGAACCUAGUUGAGACCAACUGGGGGGCGUGUCAGGGGGCAGCUGGGACCACCCUGGAGGCCCCUCAGGGGAUGACGCCGGCUGCUCAGGUGGCGGUGGCGCGUCCGAGACCGCAGGAGGGACCCUGACUUCGGUCUCGACCUGCGGAUGCGGCCUGGGUGGCGGGACCAGGGGAGCCUCGACAAUGGAGUUGUCGGGAGGACUGCUGCAUGGCUCCUGGGGUCGUGUCAUUCUCUGGGGCCUGGAUGGUGCCGCAGCCAGAGAAGAAGGCGACAAAACCGGGAAGGGGACCGGGGUGACCGGUCCCCUAGGACCCGGAACCGGCUCCACCACAGGGGACCAGUCCCCGACCACGGGGUCGGUCAUGGUGGACGCCGUGGCUCGCACAGGAGCGUGCAGGGUUGGAACCGGCAGGGGCAGCGGCAGCGGCAGCGGCAGCGGCAGCGGCAGCGGCGGCUGCACUACCUCCAUCACCACUCGGGUGCUGGAAGGAUCCAAGCGGACUGGUGACCCCGUCUGCUGGGAUCGUGACGGACUACCCCCCUCGUCCACGCCACGAACGUCCACACAGAUGGAGAUCACCAGACCCUCAGCCAGCCGCAGUGUCUCGGUGGUCAACCUGCGUCCCAGGUGUGUCCUGGUCCAAGCUGAGGCCACCUGGAAUGGUUCCUUCCAAUUUUGCCCAAUAAAAGCACUCAAUUUGUUGAUUUCCGAUAGCCACGCAGCACCUCCGCGUAGCUCCUGCGAGGCGGUUGUUGACGACGGUCCGCAAAAUGAUAAUCUUCGUCAUCAUAGCGGCCGUAUUGAGGUUGAGGACGAGGGGGCGGGGUACUCGUGGGAAGACCAGGACCUCCGGGGCAUCCCCUACGCCAGAGACGUCCGGAUUCCCAGUACCCAAUUUGGUCAUCCACAGGCGUUCGGCGUGUCGCCGUUGGCCUGCACUCCAUUUGGAGUCGUGCUGGAUGACACAAACCCGGACAGAAGCCCACCCGUGCCGGAGGAAGUGUUGCACCAGGUGGGUGGUGGUGUUCUUCUGUCGAGUAAUGUUGUGUCUAUGUUGGUGGAAACGGGUGGCGAUGGUGUUUCCCGUCUCCCCAACAUACAGGGCGUGGCAACGCUGGCAUCGGAUGACGUAAACGCAGUUUUUUGUGCGUGCGUCCCCCCUGCAUAG